AUGACAGACCCUCGUACCGACUAUAAAGAAAUCUACAUCCAGAUGAUGACGAAUCUCGGCAACGCAUACACUACAUUCGGUCCUAAGUCACCACAAUUUCAGAGUAUUGCGGAAAUGGUCAAGGAGUUCAUGAGACGUGUUGAGAAAGACAUGGAGGAACGCAAUUGUCGCGAUCUUGAUGAUACCUUGAGCUCUGCUAUGGAGUUCUUGAAGAUUGGGGAAGGACCGUGA